UUUUAGAUCACAAAUAAUGAUGUCACCAUAUAUAGAAAUUAUGAUUACUGCUCCAUCUCAAUGAAGUUAGUUUCGAAGAAAAUAGAUACGCAGGAUUGGAAGACCGCAUCGAGAUGCAAGAGGAGGGAGAGAUGCAAAGCAUUUGCUGAUUCCGGUUAACUAAAUUGAAAACUUUCUGAUCGUAGGGUUUAUCAAAAACCCUAGAAAUUCCGAGAUACAGUACAACCGGAAUUCCAACAAAACUUCGUUUCCUGGUGAUUUGUCAUCUGACAGGUUUCCAGCCGGAGCAUUCGAAUUGGAGGCAAUUUCACUUCGCAGAUCGUGUUCUUGGAUCGGUCGCAGGAAUCGGAGUUCGGAAGUUAGAUGGAACGGAUCUGAACGAUCAAAAUGUCACGCUUCCGGAUUAGAGAUGUCUGCUCUGCGGUUUGUAGACUCUCACGAAGGCCAGGGGAGGAAUCAUGGCCUCGAAGAACUCUCUAUCCGAUGUCAAAUUACGUUGGUGCACCAUCAGUGACAAGUAGAGCUUACUCUGACGCACCUCUGCAUCGUUUUGGUCUAGCAUGGAUAAACGAGUGGGAUCGAACCAAGGUGGUAGGGAUGGUGGAUGGCCCAGUAUCGAUGGACGAUGUUGUAUUACGAAAAAAAUCUGUAUCUUCCUUUCAGCAACCCGGCCUCGCACCUUACUGUACCUACGCAGAACAGCUGUAUCGACCAUCAGGUCUCAGCAUUUUGGUGAACUCUUCGUCAGCAUUAGGAGACAAGCAGAUCAAGUCGUGCGAGAAGCAGUUAGGAGUACGGGGUUUUGCCAAGACAGUUCAAGUACCUCAGCUCAUGCAGAAACCAAUGAAAUUGAAGUUAUACAUGGGUAGUCCUGGAGUUAUCGGAGAACCCUACAAGCCGCCACCACCCCCACUUCCAUUUCUUCGAAGGUGGUUCACGAAAGAGGGCUGGGCAAGAAAGAAGCAAUCUUUUAUGGGCAUGGUCAAGACCUCCUACACGAUUGCAAAGCUUCGACAAAAGACGAAGGGUUACAGCCAGCAAAAGUUCUACCAGGAGGCCUCAGACCUUUACAAACAGAUAAACGUAGCUUUGGCAGAAGGUGAACGUACGACACUUCGACAUCUGGUCACAGACAGCGUGUUCUCGAUCAUGAAGAAUGAAUUAAAGCAUAGAGAAGGCAGCACCUGGGCUAAGGUGGACUGGGAGAUGGUCGGACCCAUCAGCAAAAUGCGUACUGUACAAGGUCGGCUGAUUGGAGUAGAUAAGAACAACCAUGAUAAUGCUUUUGUGCAACUCACUGUCAGAAUAACUAGUAAACAGAAAUUUGCAGCUUAUGAUAAGCGCGGAAAACUUGUUGCAGGAGAUCCUGACAAGGAGCUGCUUGUGGAGGAUAUUUGGGUGUUCGAGAAACCCCUACUUUUGAGCGAGGCCAAGUGGCGUUUGUGCGCCCGUCUUUCUGUUUGAUUUACAUUCUUCUUCUCGCCUAAUCAAGCUACAAAUUUAUUGCGGACUUCGACUGCGACCAGAGCAAGAGCAAUUUGAACUAGUUUUCAUCCAUUAUUUGGGACAUCCAUCGUCAAACCGAGUACGUUGAGGCAAGCGUAGGAGCAUUCAUUCACGCAAUACACACGAAUCUUCGACAACCAUGGAUAUGAAGUGGAUAGAGCAAAGGCAUCAGACUUGUAGAGACUAGAGACGAUGAGUCAAUCUAAGAAAGCUAUGUUGAGAUCUUCACUAAUCUUGAAAAAUUGGCAUUGUUUUGUAUCAUAAGAGGCCUCGGAAAUAUGUCAAUCUCUUGUAUCUCACCCAACUGAAGCGGCCUCUAGCGGCUUCAAGAUUGGAUAAAUCUGCUGGAUUGUUUACCUGGGUAGCUAACCAGAGGAACCUGGAUGGCACCACCACAUUGUGUGGAAUCCUACUUUUAAUAAUAUUCUCAAAGUAAAACUGGAUUAUUUUC